CCACCCACCUCCUGCUCACUCAGAUUUGCCCUCGGCAUUUACUCCCCCUCAGGCCCUCACCUACAAUAUCAGGCAGAGGCCGCCAUUACUGAGACGAGCCCGUCGCAACGCGGAAGCGCCACCACCUCAGGCAGCUCCCGGCCUACCCUGCCCUGCUCUGCUGCGAGGAGUAGCGUGCCAUAGCUACCACUCGUAGCUAUCAGUGACACCACUGUCUCGCAAGCUGCCAGCUGCCACCAUUCGCCUGCUGCUGUACCUGCAGUGUGCCACCACCAGACCAGACGCUCUGCCCAUGGCGGCGGCCUCCGACAAGCUGCUGCCCGCGCUCGCCGCGGCCUUCCUCUGCUGCGCGCUGGCGCGGGUCGCCCAAUGCGGCGGCGGCGCCCCGCAGAACUACACCUCCAUGUUCAGCUUCGGCGACUCGCUCACGGACACCGGCAACCUGCUCGUGUCCAGCCCGCUCUCCAACCACAUCGUCGGCCGCUACCCCUACGGCAUCACCUACUUCCACCGCCCCACCGGCCGCUGCUCCGACGGCCGCCUCGUCGUCGACUUCCUAGCGCAAGCGUUCGGCCUGCCGCUGCUGCCGCCGUACCUGCAGGCCAAGGGGAAGGAUCUCCGCCGGGGCGUCAACUUCGCCGUCGGCGGCGCCACCGCCAUGGAUCCGCCCUUCUUCCAGGAGAUCGGCGCGUCUGACAAGCUCUGGACCAACCUCUCCCUCAGCGUCCAGCUCGGAUGGUUCGAGCAGCUCAAGCCGUCGCUCUGCAACUCAACAAAGAAGUGCAAGGAGUACUUCAGCAAGUCCCUGUUCCUCGUCGGAGAGAUUGGGGGAAACGACUACAACUACGCGUUCUUCAAGGGCAAGACCCUGGACGACGCCAAAACUUACGUUCCCACGGUCGCCGGCGCGGUCACCGAUGCCACUGAGAGGUUGAUCAAGGCCGGCGCGACGCACCUGGUGGUGCCGGGGAACCUGCCGAUGGGGUGCUCGUCGGCGUACCUGACCCUUCACCCCGGCCGGAACAGCAGCGCCUACGACUCCGCCGGCUGCCUCAAGACGUACAACGACUUCGCGCAGCACCACAACGCCGUGCUCCAGCAGAAGCUGCAGGCGCUCCGGGCCAAAUACCCGCAGGCCAGGAUCAUGUACGCCGACUACUACGGCGCCGCCAUGUCCUUCGCCAAGAACCCCAAGCAGUUCGGGUUCACGCAAGGUCCGCUGCGGACGUGCUGCGGCGGCGGCGGGCCGUACAACUUCAACCCGAAGGCGAGCUGCGGCGUGCGGGGGUCGAGCGUGUGCACGGACCCGUCGGCGUACGCCAACUGGGACGGAGUGCAUCUGACGGAGGCCGCCUACCACGCCAUCGCCGACAGCAUCCUCAACGGCCCCUACACCAGCCCCAGGCUCCUCUGAAUCUGAUCAUCCCUUCCCAAGGCUAGUGAUCGACAUGAUCAGCAACUGAUCUGUUGUGCCAAGACUGUGACUAGUAGUGGUAAUGGAACUGUUGUGCGUGCUACCGUAACACUGGAUGGGUAACUCGUAAUUAAAAUGGUGGAGUUUUGCUUUUGGGUUUCGCCACUUUUGCGGUUCUGGACUUCUGGUGCUGCGGCACGCCGGCACUGGUGUAUCCGAUGAAAGGAGACAAGAUUGUGGCCGGCAGAGGGACGACACAGGUGAUCAGAGGGCAGAUGAUGUUGGAACAAGAUGGGUCGAGCUGAGCUGUGUCAACGUGCUUGCAUCUAUACACGAGUCGUAAGGCACCGUUUCAUAGCUUGUUGGGGUUAAAUGCAUAUGGGAUAUAUGAAGUUGUUAGAGUGCUGGUGUA